AUGACAUCUCUUCUCCUCGCGGUACUCAUGCUUUCAGCCUCAUCGGCCAUGCCUUAUGUUCCCGUCAAACACAACAACUCCACGUUCCAAUGCCCCCCGACUACAUGCCCCGAUGCCGAUACCAAUCACAUCAAGGCCGCCAUGCAGACUUUUGCACAUGAAUUCUACACGGCCAAGGACGUCUCCGGAGCAUUCAAUACUUUUGUUGCCGAGGACUACAUUCAGCACAACGCAGGUAUUCUGAGUGGUCGAGAGGCUGCUAUAAAUUCCUUGGGACCUCUCUUUGGAAGUGCGGUCAACACUUUCGAUGUCAAACGCUUGACAGUUGGCCAGGAUACGGACAACAAUACAAUGGUGAUCAUUCACCUUGAGGCAUCAAACACCUCUAGCAAUCAGACGAUGAAGACCGACGUGGUGGACAUGUACCGAGUGGUAGGGACAUGUAUUGUGGAGCACUGGGAUGUCUUACAGGCAGAAGAGUCAAACCCGGAAAAUCCUUUGGCAUACUUCUAG